AUCUGAAAAACAACUGUCGAGUAAUAAUCAUCCGGACAACACCUGGUGUGAGUCCAAGCUAAAUCGAAACAAAAUCUGUCAAAACGUCAAUUCAAAAUUGUCCAGCUGCGAAGGUUAUUUCUGAAAAUUGGUUAAUAAGUCGGUAUGGCACUUUCCUCGCCAUUGAGACGGAGCCUUCGCGGCGCCUAUUGUUUCCUACCUGUAUUGUGCCAACAAAGUAGUUACAUUCAUACAACAGAGUCAUGUGCUGCCGGCCAUUCAAAAUGGGCAAAUAUUCGUCAUAUCAAGGCGGCAAAAGAUGGACAACGAGCGAUCCUUUUCAGCCGCCUGGUGCGGCAAAUACGCAUGGCAAUCCAAGAAGGUGGUUCCCCAAACCCGCAAAUUAACUCAGUUCUCCGAUACGCCAUCGACGAUGCCAUAAAAAAGAACAUGCCAAUGUCCACAGUUCAAACAACAAUCAAACGAUUUGAGGAGUCUCAGGGGCAAUUAAAAAAGCAUUGUCUGGAAAUCAAAAUAGUCAACACACCGAUCUACAUGGUUUGCGUCCUAUAUACAGACAAUUUGGCGGGAUUACGAAUGCAACUGACGCCAGUUCUGAAAAAAUCGGGUGGUGCCUUCAUCGAUGCACGGCAUUUAUUCGAAGGUCGCGGUGUAAUUGAAACAACAAUAACUGAUCAGGUUAUGGAACGAUCGGUCGAAACAAAAUUGAAUGAGAUCUGUACAGACGACGCCAUUGAAUGUGGCGCCGAAGAAGUGGAAGUUGUCAGUGAAGUCGCCGGUAGUGUUAAUUUCUUCUGUGAUCCUGUGGAAUUAAACAAAGUUAGCCGUGCCCUAGUUGAUCGUGGUUAUCGGGUAGAAAGUGCUGAGCAUGUUUUCAUACCGAAAACGCCAGUAAAGGUCAGCGAAAGUGAUCAAAUAUUAUGUGACACAGUUCGUGAUAAAUUGAAAGCAUUCGACGGCGUUGAUGAAGUGUACGAUAAUAUAUAUUUCGAGUAAAUCUUUAGCUGUUUGUUCAAGCAAGAUCAUAUUAGAUAAAAACGUCGAUCUUGGCGGCUGUACGCUUCCAGGAGAGUUUAUUUUCGAGCUCCCGGGAGGACCGGAAUCCAUACGCACAUAAUUUGUUGGAUUGUAAAGUGUUCCAACUUUCGAUCGGGUUUUAUUUUAACCAAAAAAAAAA